UCUAGAGUGUUCCAUUUCCCCAUCACCUUCACCAAAACCAAAUCAGAAUGAAGACUCCGUUGGUGGCGUGCCUUGUAAUGGUGUGUAUCCUGUUCAACAACACCUUCGUCUCUGCAGAUUCAUAUGGAGAUGCAAAUUACUGCAGCAACAACUGCAAGGCGCGGUGCGCGCGGGCAGGGGUAGCUGACCGGUGUCUCAAAUACUGCGGCAUCUGCUGCGUCAAGUGCAAGUGCGUGCCCGAGGGCACCUACGGCAACAAGCACCAGUGCCCUUGCUACCGCGACCUCCUCAACUCCAAGGGCAAACCCAAGUGCCCUUGAUUUUCUAUUCUCAUCUUCUUACCAAUAAAUGUGUCUUGUUUUGUUUUUUUUACCCCAGUCUCUUUAAGUAGUACUACUAUAUGUAUUGCCUUAUUUUAAUUAACUAGUAUAGUAGUAACGUUAACUACAA